AUGCAUUCUUAUACUCAGCCCCAAUUUGCGCCCGAUCACGAUAGACAUGAGUCGGGACAUCGGGGGCCGUUGAGUAGGACGUGGCCGCAGAUAUUCAAGAAGAGGAGGAGAUAUAGUCCUGUGAGGGAGAGUGUGCAGCAACAACAGCAACAGCAACAACAUCAACAACAUCAACAACAACAUCAACAACAACAUCAACAACAACAGCAACAACAACAGCAACAACAACAGCAACAACAACAGCAACAACAACUCCAACAUCACCAUCAUGGUCCGCCCCAAACCUCAGGGCAAAUACCCAGUACACACCGUCCCCCACAACCACCUCCACUCCAACCUCCACCUCCACCGUCCCAACACCAACCGCAGAACCAACAACCCAUGCAACUCCCAAUCCACCCCAUCCGCCCCUCUGCGCCAUCCACAUCUGCGUCGCUUCGGUCGCCGUCACUGGCAGCAGACACCGCGAGCACCAUGUCCACCAUUUCCCACGCCUCCUCGGCACCCUCGAAGAAAGUCCCGAUUGCGAGACGGAAGAGCUCGAUUGCGCCGGCUGAGACGAACGUCGCCGGCGGCGUAAAAACCCCCCAAGCCGACCUCCUCGCCUCCAAAUCAAACUACGAGCUCAUCUCCACGGGCCAACACCUAGAAAUGGGUCUACACUUCAGCACCGCCAUGGCCACGGGCGUCAUGAUGAAACGCGCCACCCACCGCGCCGCCGAACAGGCCCGUCGCGAUCGCAUGAAGACCGCAAUGGUCGAUCUCGCAGAGUUCUUGCUCGAUGGCGAGGUCACGUUUGGGAGUGGGACUACAGGAAGAGGAGGGGGAAGGGGAGGCCGAGGACGGGGAUGA